AUGGGAGGAUCGGGUAAAACAACCUUAGUCAAAGCCAUCUACAAUCGAACUUAUCAUCAAUUCAUUGGUAAGAGUUUUAUUGAGAAUAUUAGUGAAGCUUGGGAUUCAGAAAAUGAAAGGUACGUUGAUUUGCAAGAAAAUCUUCUUUCUGAUGUCCUAAAAUCCAAGUUGGAUGUGGAAAGCGUUGGGAUGGGAAGAACAUUGAUCGAGAAUAGACUUUCUCGGAAAAAGUUGUUCAUUGUGCUUGAUGAUAGAAGCAAUAAUUCCCUUGAGCUUUUAAGUUGGCAUGCUUUUAGAGAAGCAAAACCAAGAAAAGAAUGGAAUGACCUUGCAAGAUGCAUAGUUGAUUAUUGUAGAGGACUACCACUAGCUCUUCAGUCCCUUGGUUCCCAUUUAUUUGAUAGGACAAUAGAAGUGUGGAAAAGUCUAUUGUCGAAACUAAAACAAUUUCCCACGAAUCAAGUUCAAUCAGUAUUAAAAAUAAGUUUUGACGGUUUAAAUGAUACGGAAAAGGAUAUAUUUCUUGAUGUAUGUUGUUUCUUUAUUGGCAAACAAAGAAACUAUGUCAUAGAUAUAUUAAAUGGCUGUGGACUACGUGCUGACAUUGGAAUAACAAUUCUGAUCGAACGUGGCCUCAUAAAAGUUGAAAGGAGCAACAAACUUGAAAUGCAUCCUUUGUUACGAGACAUGGGAAGAGAAAUUAUUUGUCAAGAAUGCCCAAAGGAACCGGGGAAAAGGAGUCGAUUAUGGUUUCAGGAAGACGUACAGGAAGUACUGAAAGAGAAUACUGGAACAAAAGCUGUCGAGGGAUUAUCACUGAAACUGCAUUCCAGCAGUAAAGAUUGCUUGGAAGCUCAUGCUUUCAAGGAAAUGAAGAGACUAAGACUGCUACAACUUGAUCAUGUACAACUUAGUGGAGAUUAUGGGCACAUUUCUAAACAACUGAGAUGGAUUUGUUGGCGAGGGUUUCCUUAUAAAUACAUUCCAAACAACUUUCAUUUGGAAAAUGUAAUUGCAAUUGAUUUCAAACAUAGUCAUCUCCAACUCCUCUGGGAACAACCCCUGGUGUUACAGCGAUUAAAAUUCCUUAAUCUUAGUCACUCCAAGUUCUUGAGAGAAACACCCGACUUUUCAGGACUUCCAAGUCUUGAACAGCUCAUUCUAAAAGAUUGCGCAUGGGCUUAG